CUUCCAUUCAGGAAAAAAAUAAUUGUAAAAAAGUGGUUGAUAAACGUUGUCCCUUUAAAGCAUUGCCAGUGCUUUAAUUUUAUUUAAAUUUAUUUAAAACAUUUAGCAAAUAAUUAUUGCUAUUUCUCCACAAUUAAGUGACUGACGCGAAGUUUCCGUAAACGAACUGAAAAACUUUGUGUUUGUUCAUAAAUAAACUGGAAUGAGCGAGUGAUUUUUACAUGUUUACUGCGACUAGAAAAUUAUGGAAAUAUCCUGGAAAUGGUUGAACCUGUACCUGGGACUAUUGCUGGUGGGCCUUUGCAAAGGGUUCCCAUUGAAUUUGGAAGAAAAUAGCGCGGGACAUACUCAAUUUCUGACAUGUGUAGCUGCAAUCCUCAUUACAGUCGGCAGUAUUGUAUUGGUUGGGUGUCUUUGUUGCCAGAGAAGGAAAGGAUUCGAGGAAUUUCACAACAGUCCAGUAGUAGCUACUGUAGCUUCUAACUUGGACCAUGGUCACAUAAAUCCGAUAUCCAACGGCGAAUUUACAAUUUUUACGCCGUUAUCGCCUCCCCAUUUUAAUAAUAACGUCUUCCUUGCCAACGAACAAGUGAUUAGAACAUCAACGGAUGAUUAUGUGUAUGGAGACAUUAAUGUUAGCCUAUGGUUUGAUGGACCAGAGAAAGAUUUUCCACGUAGCAAACUUAAAUACAUUAGAGAGAUAGGAAAAGGUGCAUUUGGAAAGAUUGUGGAAGGUGCAGCACAAGACCUAGACUCUAGCAAAACCUGGACUCCUGUCACAGUGAGAAUCCUAGACGCUGCCGCUAACCAAAAGGAACGCAUUUUGUUCCUAAACGACGCAUUAUUUUACUUAGCACCACCUCAUCCAAAUUUAUUAAAACUUAAAGGUCGUUGUUUAAGUGCUGCCCCCUUGCUCGUGCUCCAAGAAACUUGCGGUGGUGGUGAUUUGAAGCAGAGGCUAAGAAGUUUUGGUAGCGAGGACAAAAUUUUGCAGUGGUGCUGUCAGUUGACAUCAGGUUUGAAGCACUUACACGAUAACGGUUUUAUACAUCCGGAUUUGGCUGCAAGAAAUUGCCUCCUCACGGAAUCCCUCAAUCUUAAAAUAGGCGACUACAACCUCGGUCCACACAAAUACUCAGAAGACUACUAUAGAGGGGGCGAGCCUCCUAUUCCCGUGAGAUGGAGGUCGCCAGAAUCACUAGACUGCACACCGACUACUAUACAACCAAGAAAGCUUACCAAAGAGGCCAAUGUUUGGUCACUCGCUGUAGUGAUGUGGGAAAUUUGCGAAAAUGGGGCUCAGCCUUAUGGAUCUUUGAAUGAUGAUGAUGUUAUUUCUAGAGUGUUUGGAGUGGAAUGUUUUCGAUUGGAUGGACCAAGUAAACCCCAGAUGUAUUCUGAUUAUAUUUUCCGUCUAAUUAAAAUGUGUUGGAACAACGCCGAAUCCCGUCCUAAAGUCGACCAAAUCGACAUCAUGCUGUCCGAUUUGUAUCAAGUCCACAAAAACACACACAGUGAACCGUUAAAUGCCACUGAAGAUUUUGACAGCCGCUGGAAGGCAUCCAAACCAAACACAAUCGUUAAAACCGAUAACCAUAGUGUAAGCAUCGAUAUAGACAGUGUUGAAGAUCUAAAACUUAUAGUGCCAAGUCCUAAGCCCAUAAACUUCAAACUGGGGCCUUCGUUUUUGAGUGCAAACGAUGAUUCUCUAGCGCAAGCUGACAGUUUAACUGAUAGUAUGAUUUACAAGCAACAAAUAAGCAGCGAAAGUGAUACUGAAGAAGAAAAUUGGAGGCGUAAAGUUGAAAGAGGGGCCUACAGUGAAAAGGUCCGGUUAAAGUCCCGUUCAGUUGCGGAUUUAAUGGUUUUAACUCAUGUAGAUUAUUCGGAGUCCGAAUCGGAAACUCCUAUGCCAAGUCUUGAUUAUAAACUAAACAAUAGAUCUUUGAAAAAAUCAAAUUUGGAAAAUUCCAAUUUGAAUUUCAGUAGCGAAGGCAACUUAUUUAGCCUUGAAGAUAAUUUUGAAAAGGAGUUGAAAAAGCUACAAGUUGAGAGAAGAGAUAGCUUACUUUUUGUACCUGAUGGGAACAAAAGUCAAAAUAAUUCAAAUUUAAGUUUACUUCGUGAACUCAAUAGUCCAACAGAAAUCAAACCUAUGAAUCAAAUUUAUAAUAUUUUCAAUGUGAGUAUAGAAUCCACAAAAAUUGAUAGUGAAGAUACCAGAUUGUUCAGCAGGCAAGACAGUGAGAAUAAAAGCGACUUGGGCUAUGCAACGUUGCAUAAUAGUGAGAGAAAUAGUGAUUUUGGAAGUGUCGAUGGCGAACAAUUGUUGGACGACAAAACUGUGAUUAUUGAAGAAAGGCUGAAGAAUUCCAAACAAAAUUUACCAGACAUUUUGGCUAGCUUAGAGGAACACAGCCGGGGGAAUAUUGAUUUAUUGGAACCAAAUUUGUCACAGCAAAAUUUAAGUGAUGAUGAUGAAACAAUUUCAGAUAGUAGAAGAGAAUCUACUUUAGUCCAAGAAUCAAAAAAUCAAGAUUUAAUUUUUAGUGAUAAAAAUCAUGAAUCUCAAAUUGUACCUGAAUUUAGUGAUAGUAAUAAUGCAUUUUUAGAUGAAAAUGAAGCAAAAACCGAAUUUUUCGUGGAUAAUUUAUUGCCUGAAAUCAAACAGAGCUUUAUAAAAGGUCCUAAUAUUUUAGAAAGUAGAAACUGUACCAGUAACAAACAAAAUUUAAUGGAAGUUGCCCCAAAUGUCGAAUUAAAUGCAUUUUUGAAUGCAGAAAGAAGUAAUGCCUUGCCAAAAAUUCCUCAAACAUAUGAAGCCAAUUUUGUUGAUGAUAACGAACAUUUGAAUGAGACAAAUAUAUUUACAGAUUUGAAAAAUGCAGAAACAGAUAAGGAGCCAGUAAUUUCUGUUGAUAUUGAAGAAGUUGAGGAGAAUCAGGUUUCAACUAUUCCAGAAAAUGAUAAACCUCAAGUAUGUAUUGAAACUGAAAAGGAGGGUUUAUUGAAUGGAGUGAGAGAAGUCGAAGAAACUGAUACCAAAACGGAACAAGAUUUAUCAGCUAAUGAGGAUUUGAUAAGUGUUAAAAUAGAAGCUGAAAAAGAAUGUGCCAAAACUAAGGAAGAAGUUGAACAUAUAUCUAAGUCAAACUCUAGUAAUGCAGGGAGAGUUGUCGCUGAGGAAGAAAUUUCAAGCACCAAGGACUCAAUAAAUGAAAAAAUAGCAGAAACUGAUAAUGAAAAUUCUCCAGAUAACUCUGAAGUUGAAAAAAUAUGUUUCUUUGCUUUUGUAGAAAAACCUUCUCUAAUCGAUGAAAGUAUCGCAGAAACCAAAAUUUCAGUUGAAACUAAAGAUUUGCAAGACGAAUCAUUUUCAAACAAUGCUGAUUUAUCAUAUAAUGAAGUAGAAAACAAGGAAGAAGCUUCUUCAAGUGAUGGAAAGCCAUCAGAAAAAAUAUUUGGGAAAACCUUAGUAGACGCAAGUGUUUCUCUAAGCAACUCAGGUGCUACUAAAGAAGAACAUUCAAUAAAUAAACUAGAAAGGAUACCAGUUGAAACUAUUGAAGAAGCUGAAAAUAAAAAUUCUCCAUCCAUCUCUGAAAAUGAGAAAAUAAAUAUUUUACUUCUUUCUGAAGAAAAGGAUUUGCCAGUUGAUGCAAAAAUAGCAGUUGAUACUGAAAAUAUGCAAAACAAUUCUGUUUUAACAGAUAAUGAAACAGAAAUCAAGGAGGAAGUUUCUUCAAGUAAUGAAGAGCCAGAAGCCAAAGCAGAAAUAGAAGAAAGUGUUGCUUCAAGCAAUUCUGAAAUUGAUGAAGUAAGUGAAAAACCAUUAAAAGACGAGAGCUUAAUAAAUGAAGAACUAGCAGUUAACACUGUUGCAACUUCUGAAUUCAACUCUGAAAUCGAAAACGUAAAAAUAUCACUUCCUCCUGAAGAAAAAACAUUUCUAAAUGAUGCUGAAGAAGCAAAAACAUCAGCUGAAAUUGAAGAUGUUCAAGCCAAAUUGGUUCCAAGCAAAACGGAUUCAACCAAUAAUGAAGUAGAUUGCCAGGAACAAGCUUCCUCGUUUAAUGAAAAGCUAUUUUCGCAGACUGAAACAGUUAAAGAAGAAGGUGAUUUCUCAACCAAUCCUGAAGUUGAUAAAAUGAAUAUAUUACUUCCUCCUGAAGAAAAUACCUUUCUAAUCGAUGCUGAAAAAGCAAAAAUAGUGGUUGAAAUUGAAGAUUUGCAAUACAAAUCGGUUUCAAGCAAAACUGGUUCAACCAAUAAUGAAAUAGAUUGCCAGGAAAAUGCUUCCUCAUGUAAUGAAAAGCUAGAAAAAAUAUUUUUGCAGACUGAAACAGUUAAAGAAGAAGGUGAUUUCCCAACCAAUCCUGCGGUUGAUAAAAUGAAUCUAUUACUUCCUCCUGAAGAAAAUACCUUCCUAAUCGAUGCUGGAGAAGCAAAAAUAUGGGUUGAAAUUGAAAAUUUGCAAGACAAAUCGGUUUCAAGCAACACUGGUUCAGCCAAUAAUGAAGAAGAAAUUAAAGCAUGCAACCUUCAACAUACGGAAUCAAUUGAAACUGAAAAAAAUACUCCACCAAAAGUCACUUUCGAUUUGAGCACAAACCAACAAGAAAUCAUGCCAAAUUCUUUAACCCACAACACAGUUUUCACAAGCACUCCGUUUGGAAAGAAACCAGAAUUAUCCCUACCUCCAGAAAAUGCUUAUUCAAGCCUCAAUUUAUUCAAAUCUGAAAAUGACGAAAACGAUGAAAUGUUUUCUUCGCAAUUUAUGCCAUUGGAUCAGUGUGAAUUGACAGAGGAUAAUGAAGCGAGUAAAUUAAAUUAUUCCUUGGAAACCUGGGAUAAUUUUCUGGGCAAAUCAUUCGAUUCCAGCAGAGAUAAUAAUGAAAAUAUGUUUGAUAGUUUUACAUCGGAGCCUCAGAGUAUGCUGUUCCUUGAAGGCGAUCAAAAACUUAAUGAUAAAAAUGAGACGUUUAAUCUUCAAGAUGGAACGUUUGUCUUAGAAGACAAAAAGGAUGGAACUUUUGUGAAGGAAGAUAAGAAAGAUGGAACGUUUGUGAUCGAGGAUAAGAAGGAUGGUACAUUUGUGAUGGAGAAGGGUGAAGAAAACGCGGAAGAAAAUCAAGCCAGUGGACAAUGGGAAUCGAGUGGUGGAUGGUUUUUGCAUCCACAAUCAAGCAAUGAUAAAUUAUCGGGUGAUAUUGUUCCACAACCCAGCACAAGCAAAGGUAGCUACAUAGGAUUUGGCAUGGAUGAUGAAAUAAUGACAGCCAUAAGAAAUGAGCUCUUGGAGAAACUGCCACAUGCACAGGGUGCUUCUUCUCAAGAAAGCGUGAAAGAAGAGGAGGAAUGGAACCAAACUGAGAGAAAUGAAGUAUUUUUGCGGUACAAUGUAUACAACACUCCUCUAUCUCCUAUACCAGAAGAAUGUAGUUUUGAUGUAGAAAAUGGGGAUGAAAUGGUCGAUACCAGCGAAAAUACACCAAAAUACAAUGAAAGCGAUAGUGAUUGGUCAGAUCAAGACGACUUGGAACCACCACCAUUAUCAUCUCAAACAAUUGAUAGUCCCCAGAAAAUGCCCAGUAAAGGACACACGGCUAGUCAAAGUUCGUGCUGUUCAAAUGACACUCUUUUCAAUUUCGACGACUUUGCGCCAAACAAUGAAAAAGAGAUACACGAACCAUCUGAAACUUAUGACGUUUUCGUAGAAGAAAUUAAGGAAUUAUCUCAAUCAGAUAAAAACAGUAUUGUAAAAGACACUGACGAUAAAACUGAAUCUGAAUUCCAUACUUGUAGCGACAAUUAUGAGGAAGUUACUGAUACUAUAAUACCAGACAUAGACAAUGAUAAGAACAGUGGAAAUGUUCCAUCACCUGAUCUCUGUACAGAUAAAUUAUCUUUAGAUGAGUUUUUAAUUAGUGAAAGAAAUCAUACUUUGUCUGGUUGUAGUUCAUUGCCAUUCAGUACAAAAGCAAUUGCCCCACUACCAUCACCAGAAGACAAACCGUGGAAAUCACUGCCAGCUUCUUUACUUACAUACGAUAAACUUCAAGGCCCGUCCUUAACAAUCGAUAAUGAACUUAUGACUAGUGAAAUUACUGACAAACAAGUGAUGGCAGUACUUGAGACUAUAAGUAGCGAUUCUUCCAGUUCAGAAGGCAAACAAGUUGGCAAAGAAACGGUAACAUAUGAGAAUAUGCUUGUUGACGCUGGCAAAGAUAUUAAUUGUAAAGAAUCUGCUACAUAUGAAAAUGUUGGCAUAGAAGAAUCCCCCACAUAUGAAAAAAUCCUAAACAAUAAAGAUUAUGAAAAUAUUCCAAAUCAAAAAACGCCAUUAUACGAAAACGAGGACUAUGUAAAUAUUGGAAACCUUGACCAAACAAAAGAUAUUUUCAUAAACGAUAAAGAAGCUGAUUAUAUCAAUACUAUUGAUGAAAAUACUCCUGGAGAGGAUCGAGAUAUUUUUGGUGUUUUGACUGAUAUUAGAUUUAGUGGACCAAUUGAUAGUCAGUUGAUGUCGACUUCUUUUAGUGAAAGCAACGAUGUUGACGAACAAGAUUGGGACAGCGGCUCUGAUACAAGGUCGAGUUCAAGUGGAGAAUUUAUUUGGAAGGAGGGGGAGCAUGAAGAGUCUCUCAAGGCGCUGAGAGCUGCCCCACAAGACAUGCUGGAAGAUGUCAAGCCGAUGGAAGAAAUAGCCGAAGAAAUAACAGAAAGUGAUGUCACUUCCGGUACUAGCGAUGAAGAAGGUGAAAAUUUGGAAUUUGUGCCGUCUGCUUGGGACAAAUUUGCCACCCCCACCAAAUCAGCUUUACGAUCGCCAGAAAAGAGUUUGGAUAGAUCAGAUUCGCAGAAACAAACCAGAGGUGUGUGGUUCAAAAAACAAAAAUAUCAUUGUGUAUAUGAGUAUCCUAGAGAGCCUGAAAGUCCAGUACUGCAUAGUCAAGAUUUAUGGAAGCCUCAAAUGGAUUAUGCUGCAUUUUCUGACUGGGAAUUUGACGCAGAAACUUAUCUGCCUCCGCCAACGGCCGAAAGCGAUUUAAAUCCGAGCACGUUCACCUUUAAACCAAAAAUUAACAACAGUAGACGUAGCUUGUACUAUCUCACCAGUCCUCCUAACGAUAUUCACGAAGGUGAUGGUUGUUAUAGUUCAAGUGCCUCAAAUAACGCAGACGAAGAAGAUUCAAUGGGAUCAUCACAUAAAAGAUCAACCGCAGAUACUUCAAUAUAUUCUCAGUUUUUCCCUGGGGCUUGGAUAGAGAACGCUACACCCGAUAGUGGCCUUGAAGAUACUACCCCUGGCAGUAUAGGUGACGCUUCAGAAUUUGCCACAGGUUAUCCUACCUCUAAGGAGGUACUGCCUCUAAAAAAAUUGGCUGCGCGGGCGAUUAAUAAAAACAAAGAAAUAAGUAAAGGGCCCACAGAUGUUUUAGGAGGCCUACGACAUACCAGGAGUAAGCUAAAGCUAGAUCUACCGCCUAGCCCUAGUGCGUUUACCUCAAAUAAAACGUUCACAGUGGAACCUAUUCAAGAACCUAUAAUUAUAAGAGAAAAACCUACAUUUUCAACAUUUGGCAAAAGCAGGUUUUUAGUACAGCAAGUCGAUACACCUACAGACGAUUUGCCGCAGAACAAAAACGUUUGUUUUGAUGUUAUACCAUAUAAACCAAUGAACCUUGUUCCUAUACCAACCGUCACACUUAAAACGGUCCAAGAAAGCGUCACUUAUGAACCGUUAAAAACGAAUUUUGACGAUAUAUCGUCGGUUAAUAAAAUGUUUAUCAAAGGAGAGGCUAGUUUGUUAGACAGCGCAGAUGAAGAUAGUGGGAUUGAAUCGAGUACAUUGGAACGGAAAUUGAAUAAUAAGGAAGAUGUACGGUUAGAGUAAACAAGAGUUUGAGUGAGUUUAGUACAUAAAUCAAAAAAGAUUGUCAAGUUUGAUUAAUAUAGGAAUGGUAAAGUGAUGGGUGUUAAAUGUAACCUGUGUUAUUUAAGGAGUCAGUUGGGUUAGUUUCAACAUGUUUAAUUUUACUUUUUUCUUCAAAAUUAUCACCUACAUUUAGAGAAAUGUAAAUCAAAUUUUUUAAAGAAAAUUUUCUACAAGAUGUUUUAAUAAAAACUUUAUAUGACAGUUUUUUUAGACAUCAAUUAUUUAUACAUUAGCCCACAGGACGUUUGUAAAAAGUUUAAUAAUUUCCUUUUAGCUUAGCCAACAAGCUGAUUUUUGACACUAUGGUAUGUUGACCAUCACAAGGCGAAUUUUGAUUUAAAGUCUGAAGAGAAAGUUGGGACACAUGUGAAUUUUUAUAUUUCUCAUCAGUCUGAUAAUAGAGUUGUGCUGAAUAUUUGCGAGCUCCCUUUAUCACUGUCAAAAAUGAAAAUUAUUUCUGUCCCUCAGAGACGGACAAAUUUCAUUACACAAAGUCGCGGUUAUGUGUGUCCUACUUGGAUCAAAUUCGCCUGAAAUGUUGGAAAAUUUUUGUGAUAUUUUUUAAUCUUUUGAUCUGUUACACUGGAUUUUUUUUAGAUUAUAGGUAUGUAUUUUGAUUUUAUUUUUGAUAAGUAAAAUUAUUGUAAAUUGAGUUUUAUUUUUUUAUAUUUGGUUUAAAUACUUCUAUAAUUUUCAUGAUGCAGGGCUGUUCAACACAAACAUAUCGAUUUCAUGACACAUUAUUGCUUGAUCAGAAAAUGUCCUUUGAACUUCUAAUUUGGUUCAAAUUCUGUUAUAAAAUUUAGUGUCAAUAAAUCAUUAUUAUCGAAUAGCUCCGUAUUUUGAAUUCUUUAACCGAAAACUUAUUUAAUUAUAUCUUAAAUUCAAAAAGUCAUGGGUAUUUGUACCAUUAUUCAAAUUCUCAAAUAUAGUUUUUUUAAUUUUAAACUUUUCGCCAAGUACAAAAACCCUAAUGUAACGUCCACAAUAUAGAUCGUAGUGUUAACAAAAUUAGGUACUACACUGUAGGUAGUGUGAUAGAAAAUACCUAUCUGAAAACAAAUAAUAAAUAUUUAAUUUUUGUAUUAGUGCCCAAAAUGUUGCUUCAAUGUUGCAACAUUUUUUUAAUGUGUUUGCCAAUAUAUUUCUUAUCUAAUCAGUCAUAAUUAAAAUGUUUUUUUGUUGAGUAUGAGUGUUGUUUUGAUGGUUGUUGCGACAUAUCAAUUAAGUUCUACCCAUACACUAUAUUUUUGUUGUAUGUAGUUAGGAGCACCAGAAAUUUCUUAGUGUAUUUUAUAAAGAACUUAACAACCAUUAAAACUUCAAAUAAAGAAUUAAUUAGUUUAUAAGUGACAGCUUGUUGCUUUAAAUUAAUUAGUCUUUACGUUAUACAUACAUGCAUAGAUUAGAUUCCUUUCGGCGAUAAUCUUAGGUGUUGCUAGAUUUCUUAAGAGUGUAGUUAUUAAUAAUUUCUGUAGAUAAAGUUAUUUUGGUAGUUAUGUAAUUUGAUGUCCGUAUCGGAUUUGAGAAGUAAUUUGUGAUUGAUUAAUGUUUAUAAUUGAUAAUUAAUUAAUUAUUGUAUUGUUUUAGCUAGUAGGUUGUAGCAGUAUUUGUAUUAUAUAACUAUAAAUAUCUGCGUAGUUAGUUAUGUUAAUAAACACUUUAUCAAAAAGAA